AUGUCAAACACUACUAUAAUCCACACAAUUAGUGGUCCAUUAGAACUUUUCAUUUGCUCCGAUUUGCAUUUAGAGAUGCCCCUUUCCAAAGUUCCAACACUUCCUCCAGGAGAAGGUAAAAUCAUUGGCUUGUUGGGAGAUAUCGGAAAGCCAUGCCAACAAAGUCAAUCCUAUGAAAGAUUUAUCAAAUCAUGCAUUGAAGACUACAAGUUUGAAAGAGUGUUGAUUAUCAUUGGAAAUCAUGAAUUUUAUGGAGGAGAAUAUUAUAGUAGAAAACAGAAAAUCAAGGAAAUUGUUCAAUCCUUUCCCGACAACAAAGUUCUCGUCUUGGAUCAAAACUCUCUCCUCAUCUUGGAAGAACAAACAAAUCGAAAAAUUCGUAUUCUUGGUUGUACCUUAUGGUCCAAUAUUCCUUCACGGCACGAAAGAGACAUUUCCAGAGCGAUCAGUGAUUACAUGUACAUUACUAUUCAAAAGGGAGAGGAAGAGACAGCACAGAAACUCACAGUGCAAGAUACCAAUCAAUUUCAUAGGGAUGAUGUCGAAUGGUUAGUGGAGGAAUUAGAAAAGUGUAAAGAGAAUGGUGAAGAGGUUGUGAUUUUGACCCAUCAUGCUCCACUGAUAUCAGGAACCUCUCAUCCAAGACAUAAUAGCUCCAUCUAUUGCUCUGCCUUUUCAACUAAUUUGCAAUUCAUAAUGGACAAAUUUAGUGAUGAAAUUAAAGUAUGGGGAUUUGGGCACACACAUUACUCGAACUCGAUUCAAGUUGGAAAGACUUUAUUGGUCUCUAACCAACAAGGAUAUCGAGUUGAAUUAGAUAAUGAGAAGGGAUUUAAUUCAAAUUUAAUCUUGAAGAUUUGA